AUGCUGAGGUAUGGAAGUUUAAGUGCUAUGUCAAACAAAGUAUGUUUUUAUGCAUCGAAGAGUGCAGAUGGUUAUGCCAUGUUGAUGAAUGAGUUUAGUAGAUGGGAGGGAAUUUGUGAAGGCUUACGGCAAAAGGAAGAAGAGACAAGUUUGAAAUUUGGUAGUGCUGAGCAAUGUCCUCCUAAUAUUGUGAAAGAUCCAAAUAUCGUUAAGAUAAAAUGCACUCAAGCAAGGCAGGGUGUAACGCGCAAGCGUCGACAAUGUCAUUUGUGUCGUGGAUAUGGACAUACAAAGCGGCCGUCCCCGGACAUUAGCUACAGUUAUCCUAGUCAAAAGGUUUCUGAAUGUAGAGGCAACUAUGUGGUUGAUUUGUCAGGUUCUGAUAGUUUUUCUACUGCAGACCCAACCGGUUCUACCCCCAACAGUGACGAUGGUUUCUCAUUCGACAAUGAUUUGGUGAUGGACAAGAUGCUUUCAUAUGACUGA